AUGGAUGAUAAAAGUGGCAGGUUAAGAAAGAAACGGGGAGUAUUGAGAACAUCUGUUACCAAAAUUUGUAAAACUAUUGAAACAGAACUAACGAAAACAGAUGUAAAUGUCGAUAUGUUAGAAGAAAUGUUAGAGCAGCUUGCGGUUGAGUCAAGUGAAUUAAAGAAUCUAGAUUCACAAAUUGAAGAAUUCGUUUCCGUGGGCAAAUUAGAAAAAGAACUACUUGUCAACGACGUAAAUAUAUCCGAUCUUUGGAGGCUUGAUACAUUGAAUAUCAAUGACCCUGCGGAAACUCAAAGUAGAAAAGAACUAGAAGAAGCGGCUAAGGAACAUUUUGAACGCAGUGUAACACGAGAUAACGAGGGGCGCUACAUUGUCAGUCUACCGUGGAUACAUGAUCAUCCACCUCUUCCUGAUGGCAGAAAGAUAGCUGAACGAAGACUUAACAGUUGUAUUAAAGCCUUAGAACGUGCCGAAAAGCUGGCCGAUUAUGAUGAUGUUUUUCAGGAUUGGCAGAAUGAGGGUAUUAUUGAAGAAGUUGAUCCUAUGCAAGAAAUCAAAGAAGGACAGCAUUUCUUACCUCACCAUCCUGUCUUCAAGGAGAAUUCGACGACCAAAGUUCGACCCGUUUUUGAUGGUUCAGCUAAAGAAAAGAAUACACCUUCUAUUAAUGACUGCCUCGAAAAGGGACCAAAUCUUGUAGAACUCAUUCCAUCUCUCAUAAAUCGCUUUCGUGUUGAAAAAUAUGGAGUGAUAUCUGACAUCAAGAAGGCCUUUCUGCAAAUUGGAUUACAAGAACGAGAUAGACCAUAUCUCAGAUUUUUAUGGAAGGAUAGAAGAAAAGACGGAAAUAUCUGCUGA